UCCAUCUUCUUUCUCCGCCUCCUUUCUUUCACCUCACAACGGUUCAAUGCCUACGAAACGCUGGAUGGUAUGAUGCACCUACUCAUUCUCCCCCUGUUGGGAGCACUGGUGGGAGUCUCCCAUGCUGCCACGCCGUAUGUCAUGGACUGGUCGGCCCAGUCCUACGGGCCCGACGGCCCAUGGCAGGCCGUAUCCAUUGCGAUUGGCAGCGCCCAACAGACCGUCGCGCUGUACCCCGGAGCCAACUAUGCCAGUAUCAUCUUGAUGGACACCUUGUGCACGAACAAAACCCUCUCCUCCACCUGUUACGCCGCUCAGGCCGGCACGUUCAACCAGAACGAGUCCACCACCGCCUACACCACCACCCCCAGCGCGUGGGAAACCGUCUACUGGAGCGUGGAAGGCGGCGCCGUCGAAGCCGUGCUCGGCGACGAGGUCACACUGGGCUCGGCGACGGUCCCCAAUGUCAGCUUCGAGGCCAUCUACCAGACCUACCAGACCUAUCCCAACGGCAAAGCUUAUCCCGUCUCGGUCGGCAAUCUCGCCGUGGGGGCUCCAUACUUGAGCAAUGAGGUCUCCAACACCACCACCCUCAACUUGCUGGCCGGGUGGCUCUACUCGAAUGACGACAUUCCGUCCUACUCGUAUGGCAUGCACAUUGGGUCCGUGAGUCCUGCGGUCGCGGGCUCGAUGGUCUUGGGGGGUUAUGAUAAGAGCCGGGUCUUGGGGGAUGUGAGUGCCCAGACUGUGGAUUUGAAUUCCGCGUCGAGUGGCACCCUGGAGAUCGAGUUGAAGGACAUUGGCAUCGGGGUGGCUGCGGGUGCCUCUCCGUUCAGCUUCACCAACGAGAGUGGUUUGUUUCAGCAGAGCAGUGGGUCGGUGCUGGCCAAGACGGUUCAGAUUGAUCCGACCAAACCCUACAUGUAUUUGCCGCAGUCGACGUGCGAUGCCAUUACCGCGUCGCUCCCGAUCUCGUUCAAUUCCAGCUUGGGGCUGUAUUUCUGGGACACGACCAGCAGCGACUACUUGAAUAUUACCUCCUCCGCGGCGUAUCUCUCCUUCAUCUUCAACAAGGAUGGUGUGAACAACCAGAACUUCACCAUCAAGGUCCCCUUCUCCCUGCUGAAUUUGACCCUGCAAGAACCGCUCGUCGACCAAAACACGACCUACUUCCCCUGCUUCCUCUCCGACUCCACCCCAGUGUUUGGUCGCGCUUUUCUCCAGUCCGCCUUUGUCGGGGUCAACUGGUUCAACGGGAACAACACAGGGACGUGGUUCCUCGGACAAGCACCAGGGCCCGAUCAUGCCGCUGCUGACAUUACCACCAUCACCCUAAGCGACAGUACAAUUUCCGGAUCCAACUACACCUGGGAAGAGAGCUGGGCCCAGUACUGGGGUGUUGAAGGCUCCAACUCGACUAGUUCUCAUAGUGGCCUGUCUUCCGGAGCCAAGGUGGGCAUCGGUGUUGGGGUAGGCGUAGGUGGAGCGAUUGUCAUUGCUGCGGGGGUCUGGGGCGCGAUUCUUCUCCGUCGACGUCGCGCCGGUCAGGCUGCUACCGAUGAUGGAAAGACGGUGUAUCGCGGGUUUGCAGAGCUCCCGGGCGGACAACAUAGCGAAGCGGCGAAGGAAUUGGAUACGAAGCGGCAUACGCAGCCACAGGAGAUGAUGGCGUCGGCCGAGGUAGAGCGGUACGAGCUGGAUUGAUGAGAUUUUCCGUUCUGAUAUCAUGAUAUAUUGGUUAAUAUGGGUGGCACUGAUAUCUUCAUGGAAUGCGAUGGUCAUGUGAGGAUUGGAAUAACUGGACCGCAUAAGAAUUUAUUUUACAUUCUUAAUUUAUUUUUGCAGUCAACUGGAAGCAAAUAUGCCGUUGCAGAUAUGUAUGUUGUG